AUGGACGAGCGCCGUAUAGCGGAUUAUUUUGUCGUCGCUGGUUUGCCAAUCGGCGACGAAGAGAACGACGAGGUGGUAAAUUUCAACGAGGAGAACGAGGUGAACGAUGAAAAGCUCGAGAAACGGUAUAAUGAAGGCACCCACCUCGAGGAUGCGGAUGUACAGGUACCGAUCACCGAUCUGGUGAUCAUUUUUCCAGGACAAGGAGAAACCUGCCCCGAAGGCUUUACUUUGCUCGAGCACACGGUGACCGGCUUCAAGGCGGACCUAAACCACGGCAGUUUGAGGAGCGAAGAGUGUUACUUGUGUUUUCGAAGGGGCAGGGACAAACCACCGCUGGUCGACAUCGGAGUUAUGUACGACGGGAAAGAGCGACUGAAGGAGGGCGCGGAAAUCGUAGAGUACACGCCCGGAGGUCUAGUAGCCGACGUAAGCAAUACGAUCUCCAAGACGUUUGUGACUUACCGGCGGGCGAGUAAAAAAAUGCCCUGCAAUUCCUUGGUGGUAACGGACAUUUGUGUUAUUCUGGUAAACAAGGGAGAAACGCCGCCUCACGCGUUUUGCGUGAUACCGAAAAAUUUGAACAAGGGCCUGCUCGGCAGUGACGUUUACUUGUGUUACAAAAAGUCGAUGAACCGGGCCAAUUUGAUCUCAUUUAGGCCCGAGAUUUUGUAUAAGUACCCCAAGAGUAACUAUGCCAAUUUUAGCUUUCCGGAUCCGGAUAAUGUGGCCAUGUUUUGUUUGCCCAUGGGGUGUACAAUAGAGUGCUGGCCGAAAAUCGCGGAGAAGCCAAAGCCCGUCGUCUCUACAUUUGUACUGACUGUAGCCGAAGCUACUCGGCGAAUCUAUGGAACCGCCAUUACCUUUUACGAGGAAAUUGUGAUUCCGGACGGAAUCUGGGAAAACGAGGAAGAAAGCUUCGACGCAGCCGAACAAAGUAACUCCAAGCCAAAUGCGAAGACUGAGCCAUUCAAAAAGUUUGGCAUAUUGAAAAAGCUGAACCAAGCGCAGCUCGACAAGCUGCAAUACAACGAUCCAUCCAGUCAGUCCCUGAACAUAAGCAAGUCCAUAUGCAUCCUGUCGCACUGGCCAUUUUUCGACACGUUCGAGCGUUUCCUCAACUUCCUGCACAGCCUCGUGAACGGCGAGCCCCAAGGUGUGCCCAUCGAAAAGUACAUAUCGUACUUCCUUUGCGACAUACCCUUCCCGAGCCCCCAGAGGCCCCGGAUCUUGGUGCAGCUGAGCUCCCACGACCGACUGAUUCUCACCCAACCCGAGGACUUGGCCCUUCCCCGUUCGGGCGCCAGUUUCAGGCAGUUGCUCCUCAACUUAGGAGCUGACAACUGUUUGCUGAUACUACUGUUGACCCUGACCGAACAGAAGAUCCUCGUGCACUCGUUGCGCCCGGACGUACUUACGUCGGUGAGCGAAGCCAUAGCCAUGAUUCUGUUUCCACUCAAGUGGGAGCUCACGUAUAUACCGUUCUGUCCCCUCAGCCAGGCUAACAUAAUUCACGCGCCAAUGUCUUUCUUCAUCGGCAUGGAUUCGCGCUUCUUCGAUAUCUGCGAUCUACCAACGGAUGUGAAUUACAUCAACCUUGACACCAAUACCAUCGCUGUUUGCAACGAAUUAUGUCAUCUCAACAUUAAACUUUUGCCGAAAAAACCAUGCCGUGUGCUAAAAAACGCGCUUGAGAAAAUUUACUUGAAACUUUUGCGUAUGAAUACAGAGUACCAGCGGAGGAAAAUGGCAAGAAAUUUUGACGAUAGACAUUUUAGCGUAGACGAAGAGUUUCAGCAGAAGCGCAGGGAGCAGGGCUUGGAGCUCGAGAUUCAGGACGCGUUUUUACGAUUUAUGGCGAUGAUAUUGAAGGGCUACCGGUCGUACCUACUACCGAUCACCAAGGCGCCUACUAACGAUACAACUGAUAUCAAAAAGCUGUUUAAAAAAGAUGACUUUUUGAGAAGUCAAGAUAAAACUCAUGCCAAGUUUUACAGCAUGUUUGUCAAUACUCAGAUGUUCGCGAGAUUUAUUGAAAAACGCAGUUUUGACUUUGACAUGGACAUGUAUGGCCUAGUAUUCUUUGACGACUGUAUCGAGCGAUGUGAUAAAGAAAACGGUAUGCUUUUGGAAUUUGAUGAAUCACAACACAGCGAAAGAACAGUUGUCAUACCGUCACCUGAACCACGACUUAACCAGCCACCAAUGAUAUAUGAUAAUUUCAAACUAGAUUCCAAACUAAUGAAAAGUAACUCAAGGUUGAAUAGAUCAUCCGUCAACGCGUUUGACGUAGCUCUCAAUAACAGUCCAAUGACUUGCAGAACAAAACACGAAAUCAAAGUUGCCCAAAGAAUGGCUCGUACACAGGCCGCCUUACCAGAACGCUGGGGCCGCUGUUUGCUCAACACUUGUUUUAGUUUGUGGUUUUUGCACUUACCGGCCAUGUUGCAAGUGUCCACUCAACCUGCCAACGUUUUGCACCAAGCUUAUGAAUUACUGGUGAAAAUGCAAAAACUUCGUUUAAACCCCAUUGAGGAGGUUUGUUACCGUGCAAUGAUGCAACUAUGCGGAGUGUAUAAGCAGCCGUUACUUGCCGUCAAAUUACUUUUUCACAUGAAGCGAAGCGGCGUUCAACCAAAUGCACUUACGUAUGGAUUCUACAAUAAAGCCGUCCUAGAAGCAAAGUGGCCCUCGAACAUGACUAAUUCGAGUCAGUUGAUGUGGAACAAACUGCGGAACGUCAUUAUCAGCGUUGCUCUGUUUAGAAAAGCUGGAAAAAAGACUGGCAGGCAUCAGCCAAGUGUGGGUAAAGCUUCGUCUGCCAAUGAUGAUUUUGAAGUUCAAAAUAUGGUACAUACAAUUUCGAAGCUAAAUCCUGAAAAUACGCACACACCGGAUACCAAAGUUGCUCGUAGCGAUUCUUCGAAUAAUACGUCUAUACCAGAUUUUUCUACUUUGAAGAUGAAAGAAAAGGAAAAAAAAAUUUCCAGACAAAACAGUGCAGUCAUAGAUCCGACAGAUACUUGCGAUUCGUUGUUGGAGGCUCUUGACUGUACAUCAAAUAACGAUAGAUUUGUCAGAAUAAAAGGAUCUCGGGUAAAAAGCUUAGCAAGAACUCCUGUGACAAAAGAUGACCCACUGGGCGCUCUAGCCAAUAAUGACGCGUUCAAGACAUCACCUUGUAAAGAAAAUAAUUUGGAGUACUCUACAUGUAGGAUCUUAAACGAUAUAGUCGAGAUGAGUAGACCUGGCGGCCCUUUACUCUACUGCAGCAACAGUGCACCCCAAAGUUUGACUUCCCAUGAAGCGGUCGAUAAAUAUGACGACAUAAGUGUGAGUGUUGACUUACACAUGAAGACAGAUUCAGUACAGGAAGUCGAGCAAGUACGCGAACGCAUAGGUUUUGAAUUGGGAAGCAUUUGGAUGCAAAAGAGGGACAGCGUCACUUCUAGCUUGUCGAGUAUCGGAUCUAGUCUCAAGGACAGUUUUAACUCGUCCGGUUUAAAUGGCAAAACAUCAAACGAGCUAAUCCUUGGUGGCCUGAACAGCCUAAAAUCAACUGUUGCAAGGAAGUUUGACGAAAUCAAGGGAGUAAUCUCCACAACAAGUACGCUAGCAAAUAUUCAGGACUACAAUUUUCGACCGAUCAACGGCGUAUCCAACGAGAGCCUCGAUUCUCUCGCCGAUGACUCGGAGCAGGACCAAAACGAGCUAUCAGCCAGUAUGGCCGGAGCCGCGAACGUGGAUCUGAGCUCACUGUACAAACUGGCAGAUUGCUUGUACCCGAAGGUUACGCGCAAAACAAAGAAGCGCUACGCGGUCGAAUUGGUGCUGUCGAGCGCGAGUCGUUGCCACAACUGCUCGGCCAUCCUCUACGACGAGGAGAUCAUGGCAGGCUGGCAGCCGGAGGACUCGAAUUUAAACACCAUUUGCCAGUUCUGCGACAAGGCCACGGUUCCCUUGCUCACCGUUACCAUUCUGGAUUACAGGUGUGAAAACGGCGAAGCGAGCCACGAUCCCCUGAUGGCAGGCCUCCUGCAAGAGCCGCGCGAACUGCCCGAGCCGAUAAGCGUCCCGUACCUCAACCCCCUGGUGCUGCGCAAGGAGCUCGAGAGUGUCCUCAGUCAGGAGGGCGACGCCUGCCUCACCAAGCAAACGUUCAUCCAGGAGCACCCCAUCGUCUACUGGAACCUCAUCUGGUACUACGAGCGCAUCAACCUGACGAGCCACUUGCCCGAGCUCUGGUUGGGCGACUGCGAGCCCCGCGGCGAGCCCCUCACCACCACAUGCGCCACAGUGGGCGUCCGCACCCUCUGGGACAACGAGAAGCUCCACAUGGACCGGCUACCCAUGUACAUCCAGUGGCGGAACAACAUCGAGGACAGGGCGUUCAUGCAAAACGUGAUUACGUACGUGAGGCGCAACGACUUGGUCGAGCCGAUCAGGAGAGUCGCGCUGGAGCGCAACAAGAGCCGAGGCAACGAGCAAACGUCCUUUUCCAUCUACCGCGACAUCCUUUUCCUGGCUUUCAUCGUCCUCGGCAGGGGAAACAUCGAUCAGGGAAUAUUCGAUCGCGAGUACACGCUUUCGCUGGACAAACUGACCGAGGGCGAAGAGUCGCUGUUGUGCUCGAUUGACGCGGCCCCGUCGCUCAUGACACUCUAUUGCCGGCACUUUUUCAAACAACUGAACGUCUGAUUGCUCUCACACGUGGUGGGAAUG